UUCUUCUUGUUGCUGGAUUUACAACUUCCUCACAACGCACUCCUCAUCUGACGACGUUUGGCUGUACAGACUCAUUUUUCUAGUCUUUUUGGUACUUCACUUUUAAAUUUCGGCCCCACCCCCAAGCUCACAUUUCCGCCAUUGCCAUUAUUAUAAAAGUUAGUCUGACCACAUAAUAAUUAUUCGACUGUAGAAAGUUCUUGAGGAGAAAGCAUUUCCUACAUACUCUGAAAUAUUAAGUACUUUUUUAAUCAUGAGAAUCCAAAAUGCCAGAAUUUAUUGGUGAAGCGAAAAUGGAAUUGGAAGGAAAUUCACGGUAAAAAAAUUAUACCUUAAUAAUAGUUCAGCUAUUAUUAUUAAGUUGUUUAAAUUUUGACCAAAAGUAUACUCGAGUAGGAGUGCUUUAGUGUAUAGAAUUAUUGCGUAACGCUAGUGAGAGAGAGAGUAAAUUAAACUUUGAUUAGUGUGGAUUGAUGUCGUCCAUGAUACAUAUCUCAAAUUACCGAGUGGUCAUCUAUUAACGUCAUAUAAUUCAGGGGACGUGUGAAUAGCAUGCCCAAUCAGUCCGCACCCACAAUGAACAAGUUGUGCAGACAAGUGAGUAUAGAAAGCCCUGGUCCGUUGGUGAAGGAUUGUGUUUUCAGUUUCGACGUUCCAGUUCCUGACGUCCCAGCCAAUGGGGCCCGAAUUCGAGUGGGAUGUGCCGGGGCGUGCUACAGCUCGAAAAGGGCAAACUCACAAUCUUCAAUGACCAGUAUGUCAAGCCAAGGAAGCUUGAGUGGAGAUGUUUCCACGAUGUGUGGCUCAGGGUCGGUGGGAAGUAUCUGUCAAAAUCCGUCGUAUUAUGGCGUUCGAGAUGCUGCUCUAUUCCCAGGCUACGAGGUUGCUGGGAUAGUGGAAGCAUUGGGAGUUGAGGUUGGCUCAGAACCUAGUGUCAAAAUUGGGGACAAAGUCGUAGUCUAUCCCUAUGAAGGUGUGCCUCAUGGGUAUGCUGAGUACAUGACGGUUCCAGAGCUAAAGUACUUGGUCAAAGUCCCAGACAACAUGCCACUAAGUGUUGCCGCAAUGCUUCCAACGGGCGCACUUUGGGCCAUGAACACAAUCCAAGUGGCAAGAGAGCACAUUCUCAAAAUUCUUCAGGAACAAGGAAAUUCCGAGCGAGUAAAAGUUUUGCUGGUUGGAACGGGAGGACUAGCUUUGUGGGCUCUGCGUCUUGCAAAAUACUAUUUGAACGAUGUUCAGGAUCAAUUGCUCUUGGUGGUGGCGAGUUUGAGAGAUGAGGGCAUCCUGCUUGCUAAGGAAGCCGCAAACGUCAGUGUGGUACAAUGGAACGAAGACUGCUACGAACGGGUUCUAAUCGAACGCACAAAGGACUCUUGUGAGGGAGAGGUUAACAUUGUCAUUGACUUUGGAACCACGUCACGGAGUCUUCAUCGGUCUCUGCAAUGUCUCAGCAAGGGAGGGAUUGUUUUAAUCAGUUCGGAAGUUUCUGAUCGACUUCUUCCGAAAUUCAGUCGACGUGCCGAAGAACUUCAACAAACCAUAAAACCGGUUGAUUUGGGGUCGUUGGAACAACUUCGUGAAUUGGUGGAUUUGGUGUCAUCUGGAAAGUUGGAACCCCCUCCUCACACAGUCUUUCCGGCGGAUCAGGCGAAAGAGGUGAUCCGGAAGUUGUGCAACUCGGAAAUUCAAGGAAGAGCGAUUCUUCGAUUCCAUUCCAUUGACUGAAGACCGCAUAUUUUAUGCUAAAACUCACAAAACUCUAAAAAUCCACAUAUUACAUUUCCAAAAACAAGUCGUCGUCGAAACGUAGCACGAUAUCCAAUCAAACUCAACUUCUCCGCGUCGAGAUCCUUUGUUGUUAUUGUCAAAAUAAUGCGAGCAAAAAAAAUCUGAUGGAAAAGCGCAUCAUUGUCAUAUUACCCACAUAAACUGUUUCCGUUGAAUGACAACCAAUGUCACACACACAAUUCAAUUACCAGAUUACAAGCAGCCACUCAUUUAAGCUUUUACGUAUUUACCACCAUAAGUUUGCAAGUUAAGUAUUAGUUAAGCGUUGUUUACGAGUUUCAUUCACUCUUGACCAUGUUAGUUAAGGCUACGAAUUGCGAAAGUAUUUUUAGCAGCUUUUCAUAUGAACGAGCAUCUCUGUAUGAUUUAAACUUAUAACAAUUUUUACGAAACUGACACUGAAAUAUAAUUGAGAUUGUUCAUAUGCAAAGUGAUUUCAUGUUCUCAUACAUGAAUUGUCCUGGAUGAUAUUCAGAUUAUAGAUUGUAGAGAUACGUAUGUAUACGUAGCUAAUUAGCCAACAGGAAAUGAGACCUAAUCAUUUGCCACUAAUUUGAAGAAAGUUUCUUAAAUGCGUUUGUUUGUUGUUAUUCAGUGAUAAAUAGUAGGUAUUUAUACACACUCUUAUAUAUCGGAAGAGAAGCCUCAUAUUGUUAAUUUAUUGAGUGGCAUGUAGUACAGAUAAUUAAGGCGUUGUUGAAUAAUUAUAACAUGUAUCCAUUUAAUAUGAUGAUGAUGAUGAUGAUGAUACUGCAUAUACUAUAUUCUGUAUAAAUUUAGUCACGUUGAAUAAACUCUAUAGAACUCUAUGUA